AGGCCCCAGUGCUGUUCCAUUUUGGGGCUCUAUUUUUGGUGGCUGGGUCGCUUCGCUGCGCGAGCUGCGGGCGAUUGUCCACAAUGGGAAGUGCAGCGUGGGUCCAGCAUCGACGGGUCUGGGGAGGGGAUUCUGCUGCCCGUUCCGCCCGCGUCAUCAGGAUGGAUAAUGGAUAAUGGAUACUCCGCCUUGAGGAGUCGGUGAUGCCUGGCUCCCACCCGUCGCCCCCUCCCCAGCUUCAAAUAAGGGCAUGUUGCCCGGCGCCUAGGUGACUAUGUCUUGCCUCCCCUCCUCAUCCCUUCUGCUAUCCCUCAUCCCCUUUCCACCCCCUUAGUCCCGGGCUGCUUCUCCCUUGCACCACAUAUCAGUUCCACACAGACCGGAGCAAAUCUGACAACAUGGUCCGCUCCUCGCUUCUCUCCCUGGGCGUGGGCCUGCUGCUGGCCGCUACCCCGAUCGCCGCGCAGACCACGACGACAUCUUCGAGCUCGACAACCACCACUUCGUCGUCCUCGACCUCGAUGACAACCACUGCCACCACCAUCACCUCCUCGACGAGCUCAACCGGAGUGACCGGAUCGGUUCCCACCGCCGCGCCCACCAACUGCGUCGACGGCCUGCAGAUCUUCGUUGCCCGCGGCUCGGGCGAGCAGCCGGGCCUGGGCAGGAUCGGCGUCGUGGCGGGCAACAUCACCCAGAAGAUCAAGGACAGCAGGGUGACCGCCGUCGACUACCCCGCGACCUUCACCGAGUAUAAUGCGAGCGUGGGCAACGGGACCUCGAGGCUCAAGUCCCUGAUCGAAGACUACGCAAAGAAUUGCCCCAACAACAAGAUGGCACUGUUGGGCUACUCGCAGGGCGCACAGGCUGUUGGCGACCUAAUCUGCGGCACGUCUAGCGAGGGAUUCCCAUCGACUCCCAAGGUCGACUCGCGCUACGAGAAGAACAUCGUCGCCAUUGUAUUGUACGGCGACCCGGCCAGGGCCGCAGGUCAGUCAUGGAACGCGGGCACGGCCACCAACCAGAGCAGCUUCUUCCCCCGCAAGAACAACGAGGCCUGCUCGCCCUACUCGGCCAACAUGCGGUCCUGGUGCGACACGGGCGACCGGUAUUGCGCCACGGGCAACCAGUCCGAGGUCCACGGCUCCUACUUCAACAAGUACGAGGGCGAGACGACCAAGUGGGUGGUCGACAAGUUCGAAAAGGCAAAGUCCUCCCCUGCCGCUACUACCACCAAUGGCAACGGCAACGGCGGCAGCAGCAGCAGCACGAGUGGCAGCAGCACGAGUGGCAGCAGCACCAACGCCGCAACCACAACCUCUGCGCCUCCCAACAGCGGCGCCACGGGCACCUACAGCAGUGGCUGCCCGUCCGCCUGCUUCGCCCUGGCCCUGGGCGUGGCUUAUCUCCUCGCCAUCUAA